GUUGUUUGAAAUAAAGAUGUCAUGUUUUUGACUGCCAGAAGAAAAAUUUGAUUAUGACAAUGACUUUGAUAUAAAAUACAAAAAAUCUUCAAUCUUCAAAAAAAUCUUAAAAUUAAUAGAUACCUAUAAAUUCUACAACAAGCCACAAAAUAAAAAUAAUACUCCCAAAUAUGUAAAGUAAAAUUAUCGUUCUAAAUCGUUUGCAAAAUCUGCGAGUUGUAGCAGGGAACAGCCAACGGCAGACUAUGAAAAGAAAGAAUGACGUCACAAACGCUAGACGUCCACGAGGAAAUUUCAAAGAUUCAAACAUCUCAAAAACCAAUGUACGAUACAAAAAGCGAAAAGGUUUAUAAAGCCGAAUCUUCAUGUUCGUGCCCUCAGUGCGAUUCAAUUGAUUGCUUUAAAAUAAGAUAUGAAAAAGGCCAUGUAUUAUGUACGUGCCCCGAUUGUGAAAAUAAGCUUUCUCGUAAAAAUGAUACAAGUAAAAAAUCGGAUGAAGAAUGUAAUCGUGAAGUAACUAACAAAGUGGAAAAAGUAGACGGCCAAAGACAUACACUAAAUACUGACACUAAAUGUGAUUUGCCAAAUAAAAAAUCAGAUGACAUAAUAUAUCCAGAGUUAACUAGAAAGGAUGUUAAAAAAUAUACGCAAAAAGAUAUGCCAAGUGCUACAAUCAAACAUGAUGAUAUGACGCGUGAAAAGUCAGAUGACAAAACUAAUUUAGAGUUAACCGGAACAGUUAAUAAAAAAGAUGAACAAAAAGAUGCGCUAAGUGCUAACAUCAAACAUGAUUAUGUAAACAAAAAAUCUAAAGAUGAAAGCUGUCAUGAUAAAAUUAAAAAAGUUGUUACGAAAGAUAAGCAAAAAGACCCAGUAAUCACUUAUAUUAAAUGUGACCAUUUAAAUAAAACAAAUGAUACCAAAGCUUGUUGUAAGAUAACUAAAAAAAGUGAUAAUAGCUACGAGGACAAAGAUAAACAAAAUGAAAUUGAUUUCUCAUAUGAAAAAUCUGAUAGUAAAAGUUUUUGCGCGAAAUCAAAGAGAGGUGAUACGCCUAAAGAUUAUUGUGAGAUAGCCAAAAAAAUAAUUGAAGAAAAUACUCUGAAACAACAUAUUAAAACUGGAAUAUCUAAAGUUGACCUUUGCGAACAUACGGAGUUUAGUUAUAAAAAUACGACAUUUAUUAAAGACGAAGUGAAAAAAAGGGAGUCAUUCAAAGAAUCAUAUGUCACUCGAAAUUACAGUGUGGCUACGACUUACACUCGAAAAGGAGAGAAGAUGGAAUCCGAUGACCCUACUGCUACAUUAAGUGCUCAGGUAAUGGAUUUGCCAUAUGAAGCCUACAAAGAUUCCUUGUCAUCGCACAAACCUAUCAAUUCAAUAAAUGCAAAUGAAAUUACAAAACCAGAUAUUCUGGCAAAAUUGAAGGAAAUAUAUAAAGCUUGUAGUUGCAAAAUUUGCGAAUGUAUACCUGGUUACUCUGCUACGUACGACGUAUCGAAAGUAAAAUCUUGUGGUUGUGAAGAUACUAAACACAACAAUAUACAAAAUAAUCAGCGUGAUAGUUACAAUCCUCAGGAUGAUUGUGUACAAUCACCUCAUUCUGGAUGCGCUUGUUAUCGUUGUGAUAGAAAAGAUUGCCGAGGCGUGAAUAAAAAUAAAAUGGAAACAGGAACCUGUGAUUGUGAGCCUUGUGAAUGUGUAAAAUUCAGUAAAAGUUAUACAAAGUCCUGUGACUGUGAGCCUUGCCAAUGCGCAGAUUGCACCGACUUAAAUUUUCAAACACUACGUCCAGUAAUAGUAGCCCCUGUGCAAGGGAAUUUUCAGCAAAGCCUGUGCCAAUGCGAACCAUGUGAAUGCGUACACUGCACACACAAUUAUGGCGCUAUGGCUUCAAAUUUAAUGCGCGAAGCAUCAACUGAUAUGGCAUCACAUAGUAAUUGUAAUUGUGAUACAUGUGCAAAUAAUUCCUGUCAAUUUGAUAGCGACUGUAGAUGCGAUACGCAUAACAGAAUCGUGAGAAAACCAAUUGACAGAAUUAUGCGUGAUUACGACAUUCGUCUAACAUCAGUAGAAGAUAAUAGUUUUAGUAGAAAGUGUUCUGUUAAAAUUGAAAACUGUGACACGAUCGCUAUGUUUACAUUUUCGAAUAAUUAUUCGAACACUGGCUUCAACAAGUCUAGAGAUAACUGCCACUGUAUAGACUGUGAGUGCAUCAUUUGUGAAGAUAAUCAAAGAUAUGGAAGCAGAGUUAAAAAUUCAUACGAAGGCAUUCCGCUUGCUUUUUCUAAUUUAUCUGCUAAAUCAUUUACUAUAUGUAAAUGUCAAUCUUGUGAAUGCCAGUUGUGUUGUAAAACUGUGGACGUCGAAAGUGAUAAGAUGCUAACUACCAGAGCUGUAAAUCAUUGCGGUUGUGACAUCUGCGAUUGUAUAUCUUGUAAAGGGCUGCCAUAUUGUUUUGAAAAUAAAGAAAUUAAUGAUAAUAGUAAACCUAGUUUUAAAAAUAAACUAAUUGACAAUGAGGUUAAAACACUUAAAGAUUUUAGUAACAAUAACAUUUCAACAGAUUAUUUUUAUCCAUUAAAAAAGGGAAAGCUGUUAACACCUUCCAUGUUUGAAGCCAAGAUACUUUCCAACAGACAAUUUCGAUCGCAGUCAAGUUUGCCUAAUGUGAAGAAGCUUUUGCCGAGUAAGUCAAUUUUGAAAGUCAACAUCACGAAAUCGAAUAAAAAACUGUUAUCUCCUCACAAUAUCAAAAUCUGUCAUCUAAAAUCAGUUAACAGUAACUUCGAUAUUGCUUGCAAGCAACCAAGCAAUAAAAAUUUACUAUCAGAAUUCUAUUUUUCUAACAUUGAUACCGUUCAAAAACAUUGCGAUGAUAUCAUGGAAUAUAAUACGAUAAGUUGCAAUACGAAUGCGAAAAAAUAUGUCAACAAUAUUGAGGCACCAUCAACAAGCUUCAUAUUUCCGAAAAAGUCUCCAGCCAUUUGUGUAGACAAUACUAUUAAUGAAAUGAAUAAUUAUGAUCAAAGAAACAUUGAAGCGAAUAACAAUGAAGUUAAGUUACUAAGCAGCAUUCAAAUUCCAAAUGGUCAUCGAACCUUAAAAGGUAAAACAAAUAGCGAUAUGGAUCUUUUUUGCAGUAGAAUUUUAAGUUUCGAGAAAUCUAUACUGCAAAUACAAAAAGAUAUAUUGCAAAGUCGCAAAGCACUAGUUGAAAUUUGCUCAAAAAAUGGAAUGCCACAUGAUAAUUUCACUAAAAAUGAUGCAACAACAAGUUUUUAUGAUGUGACGACUGGCAAAUCACUUUUCAGUAUACAUGAAACUAAGUUGAUUGAUCAACCCGAGUACAUCGAAAACUAUAAAGAACCAGGUAUAAUAACAAAUUCAGAUGAUGACAAAAUUAGAGAGAUCAUCAAUAACACAACAACUUUACUUGAUAGUGUAGAUAAUAAUUUAAAUAAUGAUCAAAAUGAUAAUUUUAGUAAAGGUGAUAACAAAAUGUACACUAAACUUAUGAAAAAGUCGCAUGUUAUCGCAAACAAUAUAAGAAGGAAAAGGAAUGUUGCAAGAUCAAGAGUCAAGAAACUAUCAAGAUAUUCAGAAAAUAAAAUAAUUGAUUUUAUAAGUGACCAUAUAAAAGAAAAUUAUAGGCACCAUGGCAAACAUAUUUUGAACCAUAAAUAUAUUACGAAGUCUAUAAGUACGUCUAAUGAUUUGGUGGCAGAGCAACAGAGGUUAAAAUUCAAAGAGGAAAACGAAUAUUCGCAAACAGUUAGUACAGAGGACAUCUACUGUGGCAGUUGUAUGCCUUGGUCGGUACUGCAAAAGAAUUUAUACAUAAACCAUGCGCCAGUUACACAUAAGGGAAUUUGUACCAUUCCCGAAUUAGAGUUGAACAUCACGCGUGCCGUGCAGUCAACAUCUAUUGAAACCAAUGAAACACAAGGAUAUGCGGUUUUGACAAAACUGCAAACUGAAGUCAGUAAGUUACUUAAUUCGCCGUUGCUACAGUUGAAAACAUAUCUGAAACCAGAUCUUAAUGGUAUGACUGAGGAGAAAACUGAUUUUAAACCAAAGUUUAAGGAUCUAAUUAAACAGCAAUACGAUUUCGAUCCUCUCGUCUUCCCUGACACGAUAAAGAAUCUGAAAGAACUGCAAAAGGCUCUUUGCAGCUCACAGAGUACGAACACGAAGCCACUUUCCCAGUCUUAUGAGGAAACGAUUGAUGAUUCUCAAUGGCAAAAUGUGGACAACACUGUCGAUCUCGAACAGAUAUUGGGAGCUGAAAAGAAAGAUGUACCCAUCCCGAAAACUAUAGACAGCAAAAACAUCUACAUAUCCGAAGUGCCUCGCAUAAAGGUGAUCGCUGAGAAAUUUUCGAAAUUUUCCAAAAACAACGUCGAGCUUAGAAAAUUGGAGGAGAAAAUUGUCUGCAUAGAGUACGACAUUUUUGAAAGCAUUCUGUCGAAGGAUGAACUGGAUUUUGCAAAGCCAGUUCAGAAGAUGCGAGCUUACUUUUCAGUGAAACCAACAAAUUGUACAGAUGGAGAGAAAACGGUUACUGUUUUGCCGUCAACAAUAAAACACAAGUUUCAUAUAACCGAUGACGACUUAGAGAAAUUGAAUGAAAAAGAAAUCGAAAUACUCGACGAGAAAAUAGCAGAGAACAAACCUUAUUUAGACGAAUUGAAGAGAGUUUUGAAAAAGAAGCAAGCUAUUUACGCUAAGAAAAAUAACAGAUUUUUGGACUUGAAAUCUUUGUAUGAGAUGGCGAAAAGGGAAACCCCCAGUUUGGACGAAGAUUUCUCUAAUACAAAUCUUUUAUCGAAAGCGGAGUUGGAAGAAAUAAAAGAGUUAAUAACCAAAAAUGGUGCAUCAAGUAUGCACGGUAUUAACAGGCGUACAUUAAAAUGUAAUAAGGAUUUGGAGUCAAAAGACGAAACUGCAUGUAUGAAUGUUAUUUCGAAGAGUAUUUUUGCUGAACUUAUACGCAAUGACGCUUGUAUUUAAAAAGUUUUAUUUGAAUAAAAAUCAGAUUAUCUAUGAGUUUUUUAUUUAAACGUUUAAAAAAAUAUUACUUUGUAUAAAAAUAUAUUCACUUUAGCUUAUUCAAGUAUAAAGACCUUGUCACACUGAACGUAAGGUUUCGCGAUGACUUAUUCCGUUUAUGCGCCCUAAAACAGCCACCCUAGGGUGUAGACUCGAAACCCUGUGUACGUCACACGAGCAGUGUGUUGUAUAAUCGACAGU